AUGACCGAUGUACAAAUACAAAAUCAAACUAGUUUGAAUACUAGUAAAAAAGAGUUUGAGAGUAGAUAUGAUGAAAGGGGGCUUAGAAUUUUAUGCGUAAAAAACAUAUCAAAAGAGACAAAGGAAAGUGAACUGUUGGACUUAUUCAAAAAAUUUGGUUCUAUCGAAAGUAUAAAUCUUAAAGUGAACACAAGUAUCGGACCCUAUGCCAUAUAUGCCCACGUUCUGUUUAGCACUCCCGAGGAGGCUAAAAGAUGUCUAAAGCAAAUGAACGGGAAGUUUUUAAAUGGAAGAGCUUUGCGCAUUUACUUCAAAAAGUACAACAAUAAAGUAGGUGACGAUAACGAUAAGCACGAAAGUGGCAUUGUUUAUAACUACCCAUACCAGGACAGCAACAACAACAGUGGAAACAAUAAUGGUGGUAUGAACACCAAUGCAAAUAUGACUAACCCUGCGAACGGCAGCAACAAGUUCAACCGAAAAAAUAAUCGAAACAACCAGUUCCACAACAACAGAUACCAAAACAAUAACAAGCGCAUGGCUAGAAAUGAUGGCAUCCUAAAUGACGGUAGCGUUAACCCGUACGACUCGGAGGCGACCGGUUUUAGGGAACACGAGCAUGUAAAUAAGAGAUUACGCACAGGUGGAAACAACACCAUGGAGAAUGUCAAUUUUGGCAGCGCGAACAGUUUGACAGGCCUGCCCAAUAUAAACGGCAGCAAAAAUGUAGAGAUGAACAAGUUGAUAAAUACGUAUGAAGAGAAUAAAAUGCUAAAUAAACCAAUCGGAGAUGCAAGAAAUAGGCAAGGGGAUGAAAUGUUACAAUCUGUAAUUAAGGAUGGCAUGAAUAAUAAAUCCUUCAGGAUAAAAUUAUAUUUGUGUGACCAUUUGAGGAAGUGUGCCCAGCACGUAUUUAACAGACCCGCCGUAGACAUCGGCGUGGCAAGUAAUUCAAUAAACAACAUGCAUAGUAGCAGUGUGGUUAGUAAUGAAUUCAAGGGGAAUAUCCAUGUAAACGCAAGUGCCACCAACCCUGGUGCACCACUGAACCACUCCGAAAAGAAUAACCUGUUAACCGGUGGGAUGGCGAAUUCCGCAACGUUGAAAGAACUUAACAAUCACCACAUGAUGAAUAAUGGCAUAGCAAACAAGGAAGGGCAAGUUCAUGGAAAUGACAAAGCCUUAACCACCUUACAUAGCGGUGGAUAUAGUACCCCCAAUAUGGGAUUGAAUAAUCCCACUACCAAUGUGAAGUACGCCCUGUGGAAAGGAACCCUCGAAAUGAAGAAUAAAGGAAAUCUCGGUAUCAUCGGACAUGCUCUAAACGGGGAUGUACAAAAAUUUCUGAACAACAAUAUUUCCAGCAUAGUAAUAAGUCACAGAAAAAAAAUGAAAACACUUCCCAAAAUAGAAGCCACGUAUUAUUUCCAAAUACAAAAUAAAGAAGAAGAAAAUAUUUUGGAUGCUUAUAGAAAUUAUUUUAAUAGUAAGGAUAGAGUGGGGUUGUCUUCCACAAGUGACGACUGGCAUAUGUUUCUUAUCUUCCCAGGAUGUCCCAUUUUUAAAGAGUUCUACAACUCUGUUGGAGGUAUUAACAUUUUUGGUGAUGGAAACAACUCAAAUAAUUUCAAUAAUAUCUUCUUGGGGGUUGUCUGUUAUAAUCCACAAAUUUCUGAUAAUAAAAAUGGUGUAGGAAUCUUGGGGGCGAAACCUCAUGAUGGUGUGGCUCCUCAAGAUCAUAGCACAGCUGCCAAUUUUAAUCAACAACCAUCUCCCAUGACAAAUGUCAACCAAACCCAUGUGAACAGGAACUUUCAAAAUUUGAAUAAUCAUCACCAGAACAAGUUUACCAGCCCAGUUACAACGGUGGGUGCUGCAGGCAGAGGCAUGAACAAUAACAUGAACGGAAACAAUCACAGUAGUAGUGGCCUUUAUGGUGAUUUUUCUAAGAAGGGGGGCGGUGGUGGCCCAAGCAACGCAGUCAGUAAUAAUUGCCCUCUUCACAGUAACAAGCAUGGUGGCUUCCCCCAUGCGAACAAGCCCGAUGCAACCACAGCAGCGACAACGCAAGUCCUGCCAUCCAGCAGUAAUCCCAAUGCACAAAAAGGGGUCAUGGCACCCCAGAAUAAUUCUACCACCCAGGUGAACAACGAGAAUGACGCCUCCAAUGAGUUAAGCGAAUCAACUCUAAAGGAAGAAAACAACAAUGAAGUCCCAAAUUGGCUCAAUCAGUUUAGUUCAUUAGCAGCCUAUCUUGUCAAAAAAUAG